AUGCGUGAAAUCGUACAUCUUCAAACCGGUCAAUGUGGUAACCAAAUUGGUGCUGCCUUCUGGCAACAGAUCUCUGGCGAGCACGGUCUAGAUGGCUCUGGAGUCUACAAUGGUACCUCAGACCUUCAAUUGGAGCGCAUGAACGUGUACUUCAACGAGGGCUCUGGCAACAAGUUCGUCCCUCGCGCUGUACUCGUCGAUUUGGAGCCUGGUACUAUGGACGCUGUCCGUGCUGGUCCUUUCGGUCAGCUCUUCCGUCCUGACAACUUUGUUUUCGGUCAAUCCGGUGCUGGUAACAACUGGGCGAAGGGUCACUACACUGAGGGUGCCGAACUCGUCGACCAAGUUUUGGACGUUGUCCGCCGUGAGGCUGAGGGAUGUGACUGCCUUCAGGGUUUCCAGAUUACCCACUCCCUCGGUGGUGGUACUGGUGCUGGUAUGGGUACGCUAUUGAUCUCCAAGAUCCGUGAGGAGUUUCCAGACCGCAUGAUGGCCACAUUUUCGGUUGUACCGUCACCCAAAGUGUCUGAUACCGUUGUUGAACCUUACAACGCCACUCUGUCCGUCCACCAACUUGUGGAGAACUCGGACGAGACCUUCUGUAUAGACAACCAGGCGCUCUACGAUAUCUGCAUGAGAACCCUCAAGCUCAACAACCCCUCGUACGGCGACCUGAACCACCUUGUCUCCGCCGUCAUGUCCGGUGUAACAACCUGUCUACGUUUCCCUGGUCAGCUCAACUCUGAUCUACGCAAAUUGGCUGUGAACAUGGUUCCUUUCCCUCGUCUCCACUUCUUCAUGGUCGGUUUCGCUCCUCUAACCAGUCGUGGCGCCCAUUCUUUCCGUGCCGUCACUGUUCCCGAACUCACCCAGCAAAUCUUUGACCCCAAGAACAUGAUGGCUGCCAGUGACUUCAGGAACGGUCGCUACUUGACAUGCUCUGCCAUCUUCCGUGGUAAGCUCUCCGGAAAGGAGGUCGAGGACCAGAUGCGAAACGUCCAGAACAAGAACUCUUCCUACUUCGUUGAGUGGAUCCCCAACAACGUCCAGACCGCUCUUUGCUCCAUCCCUCCCCGUGGUCUCAAGAUGUCAUCUACCUUCGUUGGUAACUCCACCUCCAUCCAGGAGCUCUUCAAACGUGUCGGUGACCAGUUCACUGCUAUGUUCCGUCGCAAGGCUUUCUUGCAUUGGUACACUGGUGAGGGUAUGGACGAGAUGGAAUUCACUGAGGCUGAGUCCAACAUGAACGAUUUGGUCUCUGAGUACCAGCAAUACCAGGAGGCAUCGGUCUCCGAUGCUGAGGAGGAGUACGCUGAAGAGGAGCCCAUUGAGGCCGAGGAGUAA